AUGGCUUCCAAAUUCGAAAAUCGGCUUUUUGUUGAUGGCGAAUUUACGGCGGCUCGAUCGGGCAAGACAUUCGACAUCUUCAAUCCCGCGACAACCCAGAAACUAGGCUCUGUGUGCGAGGCAAGUGUCGAGGAUGUGGAUGCUGCUGUCGAAGCUGCCACACGGGCCUUUGAGUCCUGGUCUGAACUCCCUGGCGCCAAACGAGGUGACUGGCUUAACCGUCUGGCUGACAAGCUUGCGGAGAAUGUCGAGGAGAUGUCGCACCUUGAGGCAAUCACGAUGGGCAGACCGGUCCAUAAUGACUUCAUUAUCCCGCGGGGGAUCGAUAUUAUACGAUACUUUGCCAAUCGAGCAUCCGACAUACAGGGCGAAACGUCGUUGAGCGACCCAUCGCUGUUUGGGAUGACAAUCUGCCAGCCAUUUGGCGUCACAGGCGCCAUAAUUCCCUGGAACACGCCCAUACUCAUGCUCGCCAUGAAAAUCGGCCCGGCGCUAGCCUCAGGAAACACGAUGGUGCUCAAGACAUCCGAGAAGAGCCCACUGUCGUGCCUCGUCGUUGCGAGAUGCAUGAAGGAGAUCGGCUUUCCCCGGGGUGUGCUCAAUAUCCUGAGUGGCUUUGGCCGGCCCUGUGGCGAAGCCAUCGCGAAGCAUAUGGACAUCCGUAAAUUGGCCUUCACAGGUUCCACGGCCACUGGCAAGGCCAUCAAAAAGGUGGCCGCCGAGAGCAACCUCAAGAACGUCACCGUGGAGCUAGGCGGCAAAUCGCCGCUGAUCAUUUUCGAAGAUGCAGACUUGGCCCAAGCGGCGGCCGACGCUGCCUUUAGCAUUACGGUGGUAUCUGGACAGGCUUGCAUGGCAAAUUCCAGAGUGUAUGUUGAAGAAAGUCGCGCACGGGAGUUUCUAGAUCUCAUCAAAGCGGAAAUCAACAAGAUAGGAACCAGUGGCGAUCCUCUCGCAACCGGCACGCUCCGAGGCCCUCAAGCCGACCGCGUCCAGUAUGAGCGGAUUCUAAGCUUCCUCGAUCUGGCGCGAGAAGAGAAGCUGGAGGUGGCACUUGGCGGCGACCGAGAGAACAAGACGGGAUACUACAUUCAGCCCACGGUCAUCUACAACGCGCCCGACCAGAGUCGACUGGUCAAGGAGGAGAUUUUCGGGCCGGUGCUGUGCCUCUUCACAUUCACCGAUGAGGCCGAGGUGCUGCGCCGAGCCAACGACACGGAAUACGGUCUCUACGCCAGCGUCUACACGAGGGACAUCAAGCGGGCGCUGAGGGUUUCGAAGAAGCUGCAAGCCGGGACAGUAGGCGUCAACGUCACCAGCCCUACGACAUCGCUUGAUUUGCCCUUUGGAGGAUGGAAAGAAAGCGGCGAGGGCAGGGAGCUCGGAAAACACGCGUUGGACAGUUGGACCGAAGUGAAGACGGUUUUGAUACGAAUGUGA